GCAGAAUGCAGGUGGGGAAAAAAAUAACGCUUGCUCGUGGGUUCACAGGCUGAAGAGUGGUUGUUUAUCAGGUGACUAGAAACGAAGUUUGCUGUGAAAUGGAUUUUUGUGUCAGGUUAACGCUUCAAGAAGGACAGAAGCAACCGCCAGUGAGUCUGCAACAGUGAGAAAGGCUUAAAUGUGACUCCUCUUACUGCAGCAUUGCAUUACACUGACCACUGGACUGCUCUCUACCAGCUACGACCCAGAGCUCUCUCCGGAGUAUGGCUUCACAGCAAACACAGUCUACUUUUUCCUUUGUGGACAUGCACAAUUAAAACUUUCUGUUAAACAGUUCCCAUCUUAGAGUUUUCUACUACCUCCUUUUCCCCCAACCUUCCCCUUUUUCUCUCCUCUUUACUUUGUGAGUGUGCUGUCUGAAAAUGGACGGCAUAGACCCUGUGCAGCCCAGUCUCAACUCCUCCUAUGUUCCGACUGCUCUCGGCAACCACAAUGUAUCUGAUGAUGAGGAAAACGAGGACCAGAGUCCCUCUGCAUCCCUCCUGCCCAAACAUUCAUCAGUGCCUUUGGCUGUACGCUACAGUCCAGAGGACUCUUACUGUUUGGUGUACAUCAUCUUCUUUCUGAUGGGCAUCGGCUCCCUGCUGCCCUGGAACUUCUUCAUAACAGCCAAACACUACUGGCUUUACAAACUGAGUAACAACACUCAUCACAGCGGGGGUGAGGAGGAACGUUCAGACCUCAGUGACUACUUUGAAAGUUAUCUGGCCAUUGCCUCCACGGUGCCUUCUGUGCUCUGUCUGAUACUCAACUAUGUCCUUGUUAACAGGUUGUCAUCAAACGUGCGGAUCCUGUGGUCUCUCUUUGUGAUCCUGUUGGUGUUUGUGGUGACCACAGUGCUGGUGAAAGUGGACGUGUCAGACUGCAGGAUGGAGUUCUUUGCUGGCACACUGGCUUGCGUCGCUGUCGUCAGCGGAGCCUCGAACCUCUUCUCUGGCAGCGUAUUUGGGAUCAGCGGGCAUUUCCCCAUGAGGAUCUCCCAGGCCCUCAUAUCAGGCCAGGCUAUGGGAGGCACACUGAGUGCAGUAGCAUCAAUAGUAGACCUGGCAGUGGCAGAAGAUGUGACAGAUAGUGCUCUGGCCUACUUCCUGACAGCCGACGUCUUCAUCCUGCUCUGCAUUUUCACAUACCUGCUGCUGCCCAAACUUGCAUAUUCACGACACUACAUGCUGGCAGCAGCGAGCACCAGUCCAGGAGGUAACAGUGAGGGGGGAGCAGCAGCAGGUACAGGGAACGGUGUCUCCGCCCCACCACUGCAACGUAUCCUCAGGAAGACAUGGGUGCUAGGCCUGAGCGUCUUCUACGUCUUCUGCGUCUCUAUCAUGGUGUUCCCUGCAGUAUCAUCAGGGAUCCAGUCUGUCAACAAAGACAGUGGCAGCAUCUGGACCACCACUUACUUUGUGCCCCUCACAAGUUUCCUCCUGUACAAUGUAGCAGACUUUUGUGGUAGGCAGGCCACAGCCUGGCUGCAGGUGCCUGGCCCCACCAGCCAAGUCCUGCCUAUACUGGUGGUGUGUCGCUCCGCCAUGAUCCCACUUUUCAUGUUUUGUAACUAUCAGCCGAGAGACCACCUCCACACUGUGCUGUUUGCACAUGAUGUGUACCCUGUGAUCUUUAACUGCCUGCUAGGCCUAACUAAUGGUUACCUAGGCACUCUACCAAUGAUCUAUGGGCCAAAAGUGGUACCUCGGGAGCUGGCAGAGGCCACAGGAGUGGUCAUGUCCUUCUUUCUCACUCUGGGACUGGCUGUUGGAUCUGCUUUCUCUGCCCUUAUUGUGCACUCUAUCUGAUCAGGCAAUAGCCUUGUCAUGUACAGUAGUAUAGCAGAGCUAUACAAGAGACUGGACACCAGAGUCUGUGAAUAUCAGAAUCUGAAAGCACUGUGAUGCAAAGUGCACCCGUAAAACCAAUUGUCUGCUAUGAGGGAAAAGUGCACAUAAGCUCCUAAUUUUCACUUGACCAAAAAGCCUUAACUCCUUCAUACCUCACAUUAAUGUGUGUUAUGUUUACACUAAUGUUGCUCUUGAUGUGAGUCUCAGGGCUGUGUCCACCAUGACCAGGUCGUUUACAUAUUAAAAAGAGAGAAAGAAAUGUCAGUGAAAACAGUCAGUGCAGUCCACAAGGGACACAUCAUCAAACAGCAUAUCUUCAUAUUUUAUAUAUUUCAUAUUGCAAAACACACAUUUUGCACAAUUGUAUAUGGUUCAAGGGGUAACAUUUUUUGGUAUAUAAUAGGGGUGUUGAAUAACUGUUAUUUUUAGUUCAGCUUCAAUACAAUAUGUAGAUUGCAAAGAAACACCAUAUGUUAUCAAGAAAUACAGCUGGGAAAAUGUGGCAAAUUGUUGUUGGUGAACAACUGCUGGUACGUUCAUGUUUGCUGUCUAUAAAUGUAAUAACUUUCCACGAAAAACUCUUGACUUACUGUCAUCAUUUUUGAAAUGUGCACUGUGAGUUUUGGUCCAUGUAGAUAUAAUAUAACCCGUUUUAAAAUCA